AUGCACCUGCAUGAACACAGCAGCAGCAGCAGCAGCAGCAGCAGCAGCAGCAGCAGCAGCAGCUGCGGGAGCAGCAGCAGCAGCGGGAGCAGGAGCGGGAGCAGCAGCGGGAAGGGAGUUGCAGCAGCAGGAAAAGAACAGCUGUUGCUGCAGCAGCAACUGCAGCAGCAACAAAUACAGCAGCAGCAGCAAAUGCAGCAGCAGCAAAUACAGCAGCAACAAAAACAACAAAAACAGCAGCAAGAAGAAAUAAAACAAAAUACAGAAAAAACAAAAGUUUUGUCGAUGGGGAUAGAGUGGGCCCUCAGAGCCAUUUCUUACACCCGCAGCCAGCAGCAGCAGCAGCAGCAGCAGCAGCAGCAGCAGCAACAGCAGCAGCGAACAACAACACAGUACACUAUAGCAGCAGCAACAGAAACAGCAGCAGCAACAACAAUAACAGCAGCAGCAGCAGCAGCAGCAGCAGCAACAGCAGCAACAGCAGCAACAACAGCUUCUCUGUAUACCUUCACACCGAGGAGGAAAUAUCAUACAAACUUCAACCCCCUGCAUGCAUGCACCCAGGCAGCAGCAGCUGCAGCAGCAGCAGCUGCAGCAGCAGCAGCUGCAGCAGCAGCAGCUGCAGCAGCAGCAGCUGUAGCAGCAGCAGCUGCUGCUCCUGGUGCAGCAACAGCAGCUGCAGAAACAGCUGCAGCAGCAGCAACAGCAGCUGCUGCUGCUGCUGCUGCUGCUGCUGCUGCAGCAAAGGCGCCUCGAGUGAACUGA